UCCUUAGACCAGGCUGCCUCUAAUCUGACAGACUCCAUCCACCAGUCCCUCUCCCUCCAUGUUCCUCUUAGCAAACCUUGCUCUAGAUCAAAGAGGUGGUGGAAUGAGGAACCUACUAGCAUGAGGAGUGAGAUGGCCAAAUGUUGCAGAACAUGGAAACAGUCCAGACUUGGGACUGACUACACUGACUAUAAAAGAUCUAGGAACAAAUACUUUAGGAAGAUCAGAGACUGCAAAGCUAACUGCUGGCAGAGUUUCCUCAACACGGCUAGAGGUCAGGAUAUCUUCACUGCAGUUAAGUAUACUAGACCAACUAGGUCCCUCAAAACUCCACCCCUCUCUGUUAACCAACAGUUUGCUACUGACUUUGAUAGUAAGUGCAUGAUGUUCAGAGAAGCCAUGUUCCCUGAUCCACCUGCCAGCAAAACAACUUUGAGCCAUGAGGACACAGAAAUAGAUAAGUGCUUUCCCUGGUAUGAUGUUACUGAAACUGACAUAAAAGAUGCAAUCUUCAAAUCUGCACCUCACAAAGCUCCAGGACCUGAUGGUAUUAACUUUCUUUGUCUGAGGCAAGUGUAUCAUGCAAUUCCUAUUCCUCUUGUUAAGUUGUUUCAAGCUGUACUGAAGACAGGUUAUCAUCCCCAAUGGUGGAGAGAGGCAACUGGAGCUAUAAUCAGGAAACCUAACAAGGCAGACUAUACUACCCCCAAAGCCUGUAGACCUGUCUCUCUGUUAAACUACUUAGAAAUGAUUUCAGAAAAGAUUAUGGCCAAGAGACUAGCUUACAUUGCAGAAACUAAAGGGCUGCUACACUCAGAGCAAAUGGCAGGAAGGAAAGAAAGAAGUGCAGUGGAUGCAGUGAUGGCAUUAACACAUGAUAUUCAACAGGCCAAGUUAAAUGGUAAAGUCCUUUCGGCCCUCUUUGUUGAUGUCAAUGGUGCAUUUGACCAUGUUAGCAAAACACAACUACUCUUGGUGCUACAGUCUUUAGGAUUUCCUUCCCCUUUUCUUACCUGAACAGACAGCUUCCUCUCCAAGAGACAACUGGGGUUAGCUUUUGAUGGGCAAAGACAACCUCUCCUACCAGGCAACACAGGCAUUCCUCAAGGCUCUCCCAUUUCACCAAUCCUGUUCCUAUUCUAC